AUGCUAACAUUAAAUGGUUGGAGUCAAAUUCCCGGGUUUCUGUCUGUUAUUGCGACUACUGCUAUGUCCAACUCCGCUGCUGAUGGCAUCGAACGCAAACCUGGAACUUUAUCUAAAACUUCAGUCUCAGGUGGAAAAUCUGUACGAAAACGUUCCACUGGUGAUCCACAAGGUGCUGGCGCCGUGGAUGAAGAUGUAUUCCGACAGUCCUUUAUACCAUCCAUGUCAAUCACUGCAUCUUCUGGCAAAGAACUUACUGAAAUCAUAAAUCGUAUAAAAGAUGCACUUUCUGGGAAUCCUGAAGAAUGGGAAAAACGUGUAGAUGCGUUAAAAACAUUGCGUGCUAUAGUUGCCAACGGUGCUCUGCAAUAUGAUGAAUUUAUUCCUUUAUUAAAAACUUUGGAAAAUUCCAUAGAUCUUUCCCUGCGUGAUUUAAGAUCUUCAGUUGUACGAGAGGCGUGUAUAACAGUCGCCUUUUUAUCUCAAGAAAUUCGUAAUCGUUUUGAUCGUUUCGCUGAGAGUGUUUUACAAACAAUUAUUGCGUUAUUAUCGAAUAGUGCUAAAGUUAUGGCAACCAGUGGAGUGGUUGCGAUGCGAUUUAUCCUAGAGAAUACAUGUUCUUCUCGUCUUCUUCCCAUUCUCAUUUCUUCAUUAUCAUCUAAGUCUAAUGUUACCAGAAAAUGCAUUUGCGAAUUCUUAGAAAUCAUUUUUCGAACCUGGCCGUUGAAUAUUCUUGAAAAAAAUCUCUCUGUAUUACAAGAUGCACUAAGGCGCGGUAUUUCAGAUGCAGAUCAGGAAGCUCGAUUAUUUACUAGACGUUCAUUCCCAUUAUUUGUUGCUAAAUUUCCUGAGCAAGCGAAUUUAUUUUUACAAAAUCUUGAUCCUCAAAAACGUAAACUAAUUGAAAAAGAUUUGAUCGCUGCAGGAUUAUCAGAAGGGAUUGGUGCUGGUGAUACUGCGACAACUGGAUCAUCUCGGAGUCAACCUGGCAGUCAGUCAAAUUUAACUUAUCAAAGUACUAAACGACCAAAUCGACCUGUAUUAGGCACUAGUUCAUUAGCCAAUAAUACAAAUCGCAGUCGUCCACCAUUAACUAGUCAGAAUGAGUAUAAUACCGUUGGUCGUUCUUACCGUCAAGGGUCAAUUGCUUCAAAUUACGACAGUCGUCCACGUCAGAUUGGGAGAAAACUUGUAUCACAGUCACAGCCUACAAGUCGUGAAGUUUCACCAUCACGUCUAGCUUAUUUCACUGCCUAUGGUACUACUACAUCUAAUAAUAAUGAUGGACAACAAUUACAAUUUAAUACAACUAAUCCUAAUCGUAAUGGUACAAUAGGAUUGGUAAAUAAUAAUAAUACUACUACAGAACGUACUACACGUUUGUUAAUGAAUUCACGUGUUCCACGUAGUCAAGGCGCUAGUCGAGAAACAUCACCAACAAGAUCCACUGCAAGUGGUUAUACUAUGCCUUCAUAUCAACAUAAUAAUAGUUUUCAAUUAACUGGUACAAAUCAAAUUGGACAAAUGAAUUAUCGGAGGCAACAACAGCAAAGACCAUCUCUUGGUACUCUAAGUGAUUGUGCGGAUCUUGGCGAUGGACCUUUAUAUGGUCGACAUUACUCAACUGGUAAUAAUCGUGGUCCAUAUGGUUCAGAUGAUAACUUCAGUGAAACAUCAUCACAGUGUUCUGAACGUUCAGGUCGUUCAGUACCCGGGUACCGGCGCCAGUCCUCAAGUAAAGUGACUAGUAAUUUAAAAGAAAUCAUUUCUCAACUUCAAGCUGUUCAAUGGUCUGACAGAAAGGACGGCUUAACAAAUUUACAGAAUUAUAUGCGUUCCGGUUAUCCGUUAAAUCCUGACGAUAUUCACUGUUUAACUGAAAUAUUUUCUAAAAUGUUUGCGGAUUCCCAAAGUAAAGUUGUUAGUUUAUUUAUGGAUACAUUACAAUUCUUUAUUAAAGAAUAUAAUCCGUUACUUCGUGAUUGGCUUUACACUCUUUUAAUACGUUUGUUACAUCGCCAAAGUCAUGAAGCUUUGAGCAGCCAUCAGAAAGCUAUACAAGAAACACUUUUUGUCCUCAGAUCUCACUUUCCCUUGAAUACACAAUUCAAUAGUUGUUGUCAUUUUAUUAUGGAUAAUGCACACACACCAAAUUUUCGUGUUAAAACUUGUCUAUUAGAAUAUAUGAAAGACCUGAUCUUAAUGAUGAGUCCAGAUUUAAUUGCUAAUCCAUCAAAUGAGGUGAUUAAUGCAAUUGGAAAAAUUAUCAGUUGGUCUGCUGAACCAAAAUCAGCUGAUGUUCGACGGAUGGCUUCCCGUGUUGUUAUCAAAUUGUUCGAUUUGAAUUCGACAAGUUUUUCUAACUUAUUACAAUCACUGCCUCGUGGAGUGCAAGAUCGUGCACAUGAAGUAUUAAAAACCUAUCAAAAAACUGCUACAGGUGGCGGUCUAAUCAAUUUAACCGACACUAAUCAUAAUUCUCCCUCAUGGAAAUCAUCUUCAGGAUCAUUGAGGAAAUAUUCUCUGCCUGUAACAACAGCAGGUCGAAGUUCUAUGACUAGAUCUGUUGAUCAAGAUCAUAUGAUUUUUUCACCACCAAGUAGUGGACGAUAUGGAUCAAUUAGUGGACCAUAUUAUUCUUCACAACGUUCUCAUAACUCUGCUGGUAGUGACAGUGGUCGAGUAAGCCCUGAAAGUAUGAAUCGUAUUAUUCGUGAAACAACUGAUGGUCUUCAAUCACUUUCAAUGGGUGCUAGUGGAGGUGGUAUUCCAACUUCAAUAGGGAUAACAAGUCCAACACGCAGAGUAUCCGCUGAUCCCAGCUUUACAACUAACGAUUAUACAUAUGCUACAAAUGGUAAUACAGGUGUAUUACGUACAGUUCAACCAAAUAAUUUCCCUAAUUCACAAUCAACAGCAUUACAGUCACCUAAUAUUAUUCCUUCUAAUGUAAAUCCAUCAUAUGCUUCCUCACAAGGUAAUACUGCUUCUAAUGAUCCAACACUUCAGUCUACAUAUGGUUUACGUACAAAUAAAGCUCUUUUAAAUACACUUAUCAAUUAUGAUCCUGGUGAUGGGCCAAAAUUAAAAAAACCUGUAAUUGGUUACCAAACAUUAAAAAAAAUACGUGAAAUGCCCCCAGAAGAUAUCAUGUCUGAAAUACUCCAGGAAUUAUCGAAUCACAAUGAACGCUAUGAACAAAGAAAGACAUGUAUGUUAAAACUUAUCAAAUUAUUACGUGAUGGUGUUAUCAGUAAUUGGGAUGAAUAUUUCAAGCCGACUUUGUUAAUUCUCCUAGAAACAUUAGGUGAUGAUGGACAUGAAACAAGAGCACUGGCACUUCGUGUACUUCAAGAAUUAGUACGAGCUAAACCGGAAUUAUUUCAUGAUUUUGCUUAUUUAUUUGUUAUUAAAGUACUUGAAGCCUGUCGAGAUAGUGAAAAAUCUGUUGUUCGAGCUGCAGAAGAUUGUGCUAACACAGUAGCACAAAAUCUUCCACAAGAACUAUGUCUCAAUGUAUUAACACCGUUAAUAAAUGAUUCACAACUACACAUUAAUUUACCAGCAAUUAAAAUGCAAAUGCAAGUUAUACAAAAUUCUUCACCGGAAUUAGUUCAUGAAUUUAUUAAUGCGUUAAUUCCUGGACUUGUAAUUGCUUGUAACCAUGAAGAGAGUGCCAUUCGUAAAGCCAGUGUAUUUUGUCUAGUUGCAAUAGCUAUGAAACUUGGUGAUGAUAUCUGGAGUUAUUUAACUGAAUUAAACGCUGGCAAAAAACGCCUUUUGAAACUAUAUAUUGAUCGUCAACAAAGUUCAGCCACAUCAGAAGAUUCAAUUACAACCAGAAGUUGA